UUAAAUUAACAGAAAAGCACCACCCAACUGUCUUAUCUCAAAACACAACCUUUUCCUCAUUUUCCCCACCAUUCCCAACAAAACAAAGUAACCCUCCACUUCCCACUUCCCACUUCCCACAAACCCCAACCAAACCCUUAAAAAACUGUUUUUUUUUUUAAAAAAAAAAAAAACCCAUCACUUCACACCUCGCACACACCACACAUAAAAUGGACCCUCAUCGCCGGCGCCGCCGCACGUGGUGCUGCACCUUCGCCGCCAGCCCCGACAACUCCAAGCCUGGCCCCCGCAAACCCGAACCUCACUCCAAACCUACAUUCUCCCUCCCGACCUCCCCCAAAUCCCGAAUCGCCGCCCGCAUCGACCCUCGCCGGAUCCUCUCUCCGGGAAGAGUCUCGCCCAUCGACUCCGAUCCCGUCGCCGGAGCCGCCGUUCCCUCGCCCUCACCCUCACCCUCGCCGGCUCCGCCAUCUCCGGUGGCCGGCGACAGGGAUGUGAGAAUGAGCCUGAGAGGGAAGAACGGCGGGUGCAUGGUUCUGGAGGUGAAUUCGGGGGUUCUGUGUGCGAAUUCCGAAGUGUUUGCGGGGUUGAUUGCGGAUUACAACAAAGGGGUUUCGAGUUUCAGUGGUAGCAACAAAAUGUGUAGAAUAGAGGUUCCUGAAGUUGAGAACUUGGGAGUGUUCAGAGAAACCAUUGAACUCAUGUUUGAGAACGAGGAUGGGCUUACCAAACGCCUCCUUAACAUUGGCGUUUUUCGAUCCAUUGACGUUUUGGAGGUUUCAGCAGGUAUCAUGUUCACCAAGGGUGUUUUGUCGUGUUUACAAUACCUUGAAGCCGUGCCUUGGACUGAAGAAGAGGAAGAAAAACUGAGGAACCUAUUCACAAGAUUCAAGUUUGAUGAAGCAACAACAAGAGACAUUCUAGGAAGGCUUUACUUGCAAGAUUCAGUAGAUUCCUCUUCCCAGCCAAAUGUAGCUAGACAAUUAGUUUGGUCUAUCACCACUUGUGUGGAUGCCAAAGCAAGAAAUGAACUUAAGUCACUAAUGAAGGGUCUUCUUUGCAAAAGCUCAGUGUAUGAGAAGAAUCACCUUGACCUCAGCAAGGAGGAUCUGUAUUCUGUGUGCCACUCAUGCUUGGACUCACUUGUAAGCCUCUUUGAGGAAGCAUCAGAUACCAUCACUCCUGAAAAGCUAUUAACAAAGAAAGAUAAGAAUAAGCCUCUAAUUGAACGCAUCUCGAGGCAAGUUGAUAACAUCAACUGGUUGCUAGAGAUCAUGCUUGAUGGUCAAAUAGCAGAGGAUUUUGUGAACAUAUGGGCGGAACAGCACCAACUUGUUAAAAUGCAUGAUGAUGUUUCCCCCAUGAUUAGAUAUGAACUUAGCCGCAUCUCAGCGAUUCUCUUUGUUGCAAUGGCUACAAGAAAAUUGCAAUGCAAGGUGGAAGCUAGAUGGGGGCUUCUCCAAGCAUGGUUUAGGCCUAUGCUGUUGGACUUUGGUUGGUUGCAAAGAUGCAGAAGAGGGCUUGAUAUAAAGGUAUUGCAAGAGGCUAUGGGACAGACACUUCUUACUCUACCUUUGAAUCAACAAUACUUGCUCUUCAUGGAAUGGUUUCGGCACUUCUCAAGCCAUGGCACUGAAUGUCCAAAUCUAAGCAAGGCAUUCCAGAUUUGGUGGCGCAGAUCGUUCUUAAGAGGGUCUGAAACUUUUGCCAUUGAAUCAAGGUAAAACUGUGACACUAUUUGUCAUUUUAACUGUUUGUGUAGUGUGUAAAGAGUUGCAACUAGGUGAGGGAUUCUGGACUUUGUACACUGAAUAACGUAGAUAAACUCCAUAGAUUGUGAGAUUAUUUCAUGCCCAAAUGGUAGGAGAAUUUUUCCUCUAUAUGUUUGCUUU